AUGUCGUCGAAUAACAAAGACAAAACAAUCAAAUAUAAGGUAAUUACUGUAGGGAAUUACGGCAUUGGUAAAACAACAUUUGUUAAAAAGUAUUGUCAUGCUGAAGAUAUGAAAGAAUCAUUUGAUAGUUUAGUAAAACAUAUUACUUUAAAAGAUAAACAAUAUGAUAUUGUUUUAUGUGACACACAAGAUAUGGAAGAUAUUUCGUAUAUUACCGCUUUUUAUUACAACGAUUCCCAAGGAGUAUUAUUAAUGGUUGAUUUAUCAAAUGAAAAUGGACUAAAAGAUAUUCAGAAUUGGGUUGAACAGAUUAAUUUAUAUGAGCCAAAAGAUGAUAUUAAAAAACCAAUUAAAAUAUUAGUUGGAACAAAAGCUGAUUUAGAACAAAAAAUUAGUGAUGAAACAAUACAAGCAAAAGCCAAAGAAUUGAAUAUGGAAUAUUUCAAAAUUUCUUCUCAAACAGGGGUAGGAGUAGAAGAAGUUAUGGAUAAACUCUUUAGUUGUAUGACUCAAAAAUUUAGUCCAAUUCCUGAAAAAUCAAAAAAUGGUUGUUGUACCGUUAUGUGA